AAAUCCAAAUGCACAAAUGUGCAUGCGCGAGUGGCUAGUCCUUUAGUUUGCUAAUUUUUUUGAAAUACCUAUUAUUUUUGAAUUUAAUUUGAAUUUGUUGGUUGUUUUAAAAAAAAAAUCUUAAAUGAACGUUAUGUGCAAAGUUUCGCAAUAAAAUUACGGAAUAUCAUUGUUUUAUCUAUUUAGAUUUAGCGGCAAAUUUAUGUGCCAUUUAACACAGUGAAUCUACCGUGUAGACCUUGAUCGGCGACGCCGUAGCUUCAGAUGGCGAAUCACGCUCUCAACGCCGGAAUACGACGCAGCAUCAGCUUUGUUUUGAGCGCACGAAAUCUUUGGAUCCAAGCAGAAUCUCGUGCUUCUGCAUUUUCAGAGAAACAGAACCUGAAGAGCCUAAUUGCUGGAUUCAAACCUUCAAGUCGGAGUCCAUUGCUGUUGCUUCAAAAUUGGAUUGACCAAGGUAACAAGCUUUCACCAUCGGAACUCAGAUGCAUCUCCAGAACCCUAAUAAAAUCCAAACGCUAUAACCACGCUUUAGAGGUGUUGAAGUGGAUGGAAAACCAAAAACAAUUCCGUCCAAAUCCAGCUGAUCAUGCAAUGAAAGUGGAGUUAAUCAUUAAAAAUUAUGGCCUAAUGGAAGCUGAAGAAUAUUUUAUGAGUAUACGUGACUCAGCUGGAAAGAAAGCUGCGUAUCUUCCACUUCUACGUGGCUAUGUAAGAGAUAGGGAAAUCAGUAAAGCUGAGACUUUCAUGGAGAAGCUCUAUGAAAUGGGGCUAGUUGUUAACCCUCACCCUUAUAAUGAGAUGAUGAAACUAUAUCUUGCCACAUGUGAGUAUCGGAAGGUGCCCCUUGUUAUCCAGCAAAUGAAACGAAAUAAAGUACCCUGCAAUGUUUUGUCCUACAACCUUUGGAUGAAUGCUUGUGAUGAGGGAAAAGGAUAUGGGGUUGCAGCAGUGGAAACAGUUUUUAGAGCAAUGCAAAAUGAUGAGAAUGUUGAGGUGGGAUGGAGCAGUCUUGCUACUUUAGCCAAUGCUUAUAUGAAAGCAGGGCAAUCUGAGAAAGCCAUUCUAGUUCUCAAAAAUGCUGAAGAGAAACUAUCUACCUGUGACCGUCUUGGUUACUUCUUCAUCAUAACACUAUAUGCCUCUUUGAAGCAAAAGGAGGGAGUCUUGCGGUUGUGGGAAGCCAGUAAGGCAGUUGGUGGAAGAAUCAAUUGUGCUAACUACAUUUGCAUACUAACAUGCUUGGUGAAGCUUGGGGACAUAGCACAAGCAAAGAGAAUCUUCAAUGAAUGGGAGUCUAAUUGUCAGAAAUAUGAUAUCAGAGUCUCUAAUGUUCUUUUAGGUGCAUAUGUGCGGAAUGGAGCGAUUGAAGAAGCUGAAUCAUUACAUCUUCACACAUUGCAGAAGGGUGGUUAUCCAAACUACAAGACAUGGGAGAUUCUCAUUGAAGGAUAUGUCAAGAGGCAAAAGAUGGACGAGGCUAUUAUUGCCAUGAAAAGAGCUUUGGCUAUGUUGAAAGACUGUCAUUGGAGGCCACCACAAGGACUUGUAUUAGCCAUAGCUGAGUAUUUGGAGAAAUGUGGGAAUUUUGAAUAUGCAAACGAGUACAUCAGAGAUAUUCAUAAUCUAGGUCUUGGAAGUUUAUCAUUGUACAAAGUAUUGCUUAGAAUGCACCUUUCUGCUAAAAAACCACCUCAACAUAUCCUUAAAAUGAUUAAUGAAGACAAAGUUGAGAUGGAUAGUGAGACAUUUUCCAUUCUUAAAGCCUUCACUGGGUUGGUAGCAUAAAAUCCCUUGGGAUUUGUUGAUCGUUUGAUACAAGAUGUACAUACAUUUUGUCUCCCUCGGAAUAAUUCAUGUCCUUUGUACAUGUUCAGGCUGGUGUGUUUGGAGGUGAAGCAGUAAUCUGGAAGUCAACUUUUUCAUAUGGUGAAUAUUUUUUAACUGACAAUUUAAUUUGUUUUCAUACUAAUACCAUUUUUGGGUGUCAAGGAUUCAAAAAGUAAAAAUUUUGCAUUGAUAAAAAUAAUUUUUUUGAACUUUUAAACGACUUUUAAGACAUUAUUUCUAUAUCAAAUUCUUUAACAUGUGCCCUUAGGGAAGGGCACUGUUAGCAUAUUCCUUAUUGAAUUGAAAGUUUUGUCAAUUGCAGAUCACAGAAAUUAGACAUUUGUUCAAAGUCUGCUAUGCAACAUUGUUAUAGUGCUGCUAAACCUGGCUAGCCACUAUUUCACAAUACUUUAUACUAAAUAGCAUAUCAUAGAACAAUAGUGAUUUGUUCGAAUUUGCUAUGCAAUAGCGCUUUGGUGCUGCUAUAGCCACUAUUUAACUUCACUUUAUUGAACACAGAAACCAACCUGCAACAUUGUCACAUAUGACUCAGAAUGAAGACUUUGUAAAGAUUAGCAGCUUACUAUAAUCUACAAUAUCUAUAUUCAUAUAUUUUUGUAAGUCCCAUUCGGGUUAAGAAGAAAGUAGCAAUCUUUUUUGUAAUUAGUAUUCAUGUUUGACUCCCCUAAUUCUCAAAAUCAUAGUAAUGUGGUGUUCUUUUAGUUUAUGAAUUCAGUAUGGUUAACAAUACCAUAAAUCUUGGUGAUUAUAGUUAAAUUAGAGACACGCCACUUCUUUAUAUUUGUUGAUCUGUUACUCACAAUUGUCCGCUAACUUGCAGAACAAAGAUAGGCUCCCCUAUUCCUGUCAUACUUUUUAUCAGCUGGUCAAUUAAACUAUAAGUUCCUAGAAGAAAGUGUAACUUAAUGGCUUUCUAGCUUUUGGUAUAUUUGCAGAAUCUGCAAAAGAUGGCCACCAACCAGCUGAAGAAAAAAAAAUCUAUAAUUGUGUUUAAUGUUCAACCCAAGGUGCGGACACAGAUGGUUGUUCAUAAAAGAAACGGUGCAGAUUCAAAUGGAAUACAUUCAAAGGUUGUUUAAGAUAUUAGAAACCGGAAAGACUGACAGAGACUAGCACCAGUAGCUUACAGCUCUCUAGUAAACUGGGAAACCGGGUUUGGAGGACACCAUGGCUACUUUAGAUUGCCAUUGCAAAGCAGAGUAUUUUGUUUGGGAGACAUUCUGAUGUCCAAAUUGCUAAAGACAAUGCUUAUUUCUGGUUUGACGUUGAAAACACCAAGCAUAUGUUAGCUCCAAAAGAACUCUAGUUUCUUUGUGGCCAACCAUUUGUUUGCAAUGAAUCAUCAUUAAAACAAACAUUAUAUAUAAUUUUUUUGGUACUGACAAUUUUUUUGUUUAUCCUUAUUUCUGGUACUGACAAUUUUUUUGUUUUUCUAGUUUAUCAUCAUGCAAAAUAUUGCUUAGGAUGAACCUUUGUAAUGAUAAACUGGCCUCUUCCAUCUUCAAAUAGUGGAAUAAUGAUUGCACCCUUGC